CUGGCUGUGGAGCCACCCCAAGGACAAGCACUGUGUGCAGCUGGUGGGCUUCUACCUCAGCCAGUGGAGAGACUGGGACUGCGACCACAGCUGCUCCUUCAUCUGCGAGAUGCCCGCUGCAGACGCCUUCCCUGGCUCCGUGAGGCUGGCGCGUUUCCGCUCCCACUGCUAUGCCUUCCACUUCCCGGCCCCGUGGGGCAUGCGGACCUGGCCCCAAGCGCUGGCCUUUUGCCAGCAGUGGGGGGGGAGCCUGGCAAGUGUCGGAGAUGAGGAGGAGAAUGCCUUUCUGGCUGCUGUGGCUAAUUUGCCCGGCCAGUGUGCAGUGAUGUCUCUCCACCCGUCCGACCUUUCUCGACACGGGACAUGGGAGCCCCGAGGCUGCGACACACGGCCCCAUGCCGAAGCCACCGGCUUCUUCUGCAAAUCCAGCCAUGGUUCCUGCGGGCCCCCCGCUCCCGUGGAGUUCCCCCUCCCCGGCGGGAUGGGCCCGUAUGCCACAGCCGAUGUCGUUUUCUCCAUGCCCUGCCAUGCCGUGGGCACCGUGGUGCUGACAAAGGCCUCCAGCCGGGCGGUGCUCCUCCAGCUGCGCCUGGAGUCCAACGCCACCCAUGUGUACGGCAGCCUGGCUGCUGAAUUCCCCGGGGCGUCCCUGCAGCAGGAGCUGGCUCCGGUGCCCUUUUCCGCUGGGCAGAGCACAUGGGGCUUCAUCACCCUCCCGGCUGGUGUGAUCGGCUUCUUCAACCACCAGGAGCAUUUCCGCGUGGCCAGCGAGCGGCCCGUCUCCUUCGCCAGCCUGGGCGCCUUGCUGGUCUCCGGGGUGGCCGUGGUUAACGCGUCUCUGGGUGAGCGCCUGUGCUGGGGGCCGGGGGAGGCAGGGAAACCCGGGCUCCUUGGCCCCAGGCAGACCUGCGGGCUGUGCCCAGGGAAUUGCUGGGCUCUGCUCACUUCCUAG